AUGAAAUGGCGUAUUCCGAACCCUAAACUAGGCAGAGGGAUCCUCAACGAUUUGAGAGCCCGCAUCUCAGUCUAUCCAUCUGAUAUCACAGAUGCCUACAACUACAGAGUGAUUCCCUCGGUGGUUUACAUUUUUUUUACAAAUCUUCUACCGGCAAUAGCUUUUGCUCAAGAUAUGUUUGACAGAACGAAUAAUGCUUACGGGGUAAACGAAGUGCUAAUAAGCUCUGCUAUAGCCGGAGUCGUAUUUGGUCUUUUCUCGGGCCAGCCUUUAUGUAUUGUCGGAGUGACUGGGCCUAUUGCUAUUUUCAGUUAUACGGUGUACGAUAUCAUCAAGGACAGAGGUACUCCGUAUUUCCCCUUUAUGUGUUGGAUAUAUCUAUGGUCCAUGGUGAUGCACUUCGCCAUCGCCAUCCUCAACUGGGUCACCUACUUGAAGAUUAUAUCCAACUUCUCUUGUGAAGUUUUCGGGUUUUUUAUUUGCGUUAUUUAUUGUCAAAAAGCUGUCGCUAUCUUAAGUAACCAGUUUACAGAAUCGGGUCCUGCCUCAGGCUUCUGCUCAGUCAUGGUGGCCUUACUCAUGGUAUUGUUUGGUCUUGGCUCAGUUGUGUUUGGCACAAACCUUCAUUAUUUUAAGCCUCCAUUCAGAAAGCUUUUUGUGGACUACGGUGUUCCCUUGGCUGUGAUCUUCUUCACCGGUUUCAUUCACUUUGGUGGGUAUUUGGAUGACGUAGAGCUUGCUCGAUUACCGACUACUCGUGCAUUUCAGCCGACAUCUAGCAGCUCAGCGCUUGGUCGAGAACAUGGCUGGUUUAUUCACUUUUGGCCCGGCAAAAAUAUUUCUGUGGGUGACAUGUUCUUUGCUAUACCAUUUGCUAUCCUUCUCACAUUUUUGUUCUACUUUGACCACAACGUUUCUUCAUUGAUGUGUCAACUGAAAGACUUUCCUUUGAAGAAGCCAGCUUCUUUUCAUUGGGACUUCAUGCUAUUAGGUUUGACAACCGGCCUUGCCGGGAUCUUAGGCUUCCCUGCUCCCAAUGGCCUUAUCCCACAAGCUCCCCUACACACUUCCUCUUUAGUUGUCGAAGAUUUCAAGACAGGCAGACCUGAAUCUGUCGUUGAGCAGAGAUUUACAAAUACGGCUCAAGGGGCUGCCACUUUCGUGAUGAUGUCGGGGCCCCUUUUGGUGGUGUUGGGUCUUAUACCGCAAGCCAUAUUGGCAGGCUUAUUCUUUAUAAUGGGAAUUAGUGGAUUGCAUGGCAAUAUAAUUACAAACAGGAUAAGAUUCAUUUUUAUUGAUGAGGAUUACAUUCGUCAUGACCCACAUUGUCCUCAAUAUUUCAAGGAAAUGCACUCCAUUCCGAAGGAGAAACGGAAAUGGUUUUAUGUCUAUCUUAUUCUUCAGCUCAUUGCAAGUGGUGCCGAGAUUGCAAUUACCCUUACUAGAGGGGCCAUUGGCUUUCCUGCUGUCUUGGUUUUCUUUGCCCUUUGUGCCAAGUACGUUUGGCCUUGGAUCAUUCCUCAAGAAGACCUUGACUACUUGGAUGGUGCUGUGGCUGAAGACUUCAUCAUCAAAAGUCUUGAUGUUCAGUCGUGCACGUCUGAGGAAAAGAGCUCGUAUUCUAAUGAGACAACUGCGUGA